UGCGGCGCUGGUGCCGCACAGCGGCUGCGGAAGGCUCUGGUGGCCGCGGGGCUGCCGGGCGGGGCCCUGUCGGUGCUUCCCGGCGCUUCCCGGGGCUGCGGACCUCGCCUGGCGCGGCAGCGCCCGGACGGGCUGUGGCUGUGCGGGGGGGACGCGGUGCCGCCAAUCCUGCUGCUCCUGGCCCUGCCCGCCCUCGGCAGCUGCUGCUCGUUCGGCUUUAACCCCAUCAGCAGCACCUUCAGCGCCCACCUGAACAACCUGAGCCCCUGGCUGCUCCUCGACUACCCCGUGGCGAUGCCCAGCAACCUGGAGCCGGACAGCGCCUGCUCUGAUCUCUGGGGGCUUCACUUUGGGGCGCUGGCUCUGCGGCGGAUGCUGGGGGUGGCGGGCAGGGACUUGGCCCCCCUGCUCAGGACCCUUCUCGCCCAGCUGCACUUUGUGGCUGAGUGUCACAUCCAGGACCCCCAGGGCUGUGUCCGGCUGGAGAGGAUGAACGUGUCACAGCUGCUGGAGACCCUGGUGCAGCACCUGGGGGGGCUGCAAGGGAGACCCCCCCACUUCCCCGGCUGCACCCGCUUGCGCUGCCGCCCAGGCCCGGCGCUGAGCAGACCUGCUGAGCGGCAGGAGCGGCACGAGGGGACCCUGGGGGCCAGGCAGGGCCCCCCCAGCCCCGCCGGACACGGGCUGCUGCUGCUGGGGGGCACUUGGGGGGGCCCUGGGCCUGCUGGCGGUGCUCUGGGCACUGUGGAGGAGACCCUGUGCCCAGGUGGGGACACUGGGGGGCACUGGGGGCACUGCAGAGGGCGGCGAGGGCACGGGGGGCGCUGUGUGUGUUGGGGACACUGGGGACACGGCGGGUGCUGGCUGUCCUGGGAGCACUGGGGAGCACUGGAGCUCGUUCCCCUCAGCGCCCCCAGCCCUCACAGGGACCCCCGAGACUGGAGCAGGAUGCGACCUGAGUGGCCGAGCGGUACCUGGGGACAGACACGGUACUGGGAGGGCUCCUGCAUACUGGGAUCACUGGGAAUACUGGGAAUGCCCUGAGGACCGUCAGGCCCCUCACCCUGUGCCACUGGUGAGAGUCGGGGACCCUCCAGCUCCCUGCUGGAGGCCCCUGGGGGCCACACCGGGAUCUGCAGAGCCGCGGAGGGCCCCAGGGAGGGGCCCGGCCUGGCCCCGUGCAGUGCCCAUAAGCUGAUGCUGACACCC